ACAUUUCAGACCAGAAUAAGAAAGCCUUCCUUAACUUAAUAGCUCAGUUGUUUAUAUCGCCUUCUCUGUCAGUUAAUCAGAGUUGAACACCAUUUUUUAGCAGCAAAGAUUCAACCUUGGAGACAAGAAAUGGAUUACAACACUGCUUGCAAGGACAAGAAGAAGAACACCAUAGAUCAGUCCAUGCUGCUCUGCUGCAAGUUUUUCAUUUCUGAAGCGCGUAAUACCACUGCACUUGAUGCCAUUGAACGUGCUGCUAGGCUUGACCCGGAGUCUGUCAUUGUAAACAAAUUUGAGGACCGAGCUUACAAUAGGACUCGGUAUACUAUUGUGUCAUAUGUUCUGCAUGAUAGCACAGGAAGUGCCAUAUACAGCCCCUUGCAGCAAACUGUAUUAGCCAUGGCUGAGGCAGCAUUCAGCGCCAUUAAUCUUGAGGAGCACUUGGGAGCUCACCCUCGCAUAGGGGUUGUCGACGACAUUGUGUUCCACCCUUUGGCAAGAGCAUCUCUAGAUGAAGCAGCUUGGCUUGCUAAGGCUGUGGGAGUGGACAUCGGCAAUAAAUUCCAAGUUCCAGUAUAUCUAUAUGAUGCAGCACACCCUACAGGCAAGGCUCUUGACACCAUUAGGCGUGAGCUUGGCUACUACAGACCAAAUUUCAUGGGCAACCAAUGGGCAGGAUGGACCAUUCCACGAGUACUCCAAGACAAACCCGAUGAAGGCCCGACAAGUGUAACUCCUGCGCGAGGCAUUGCAACGAUUGGGGCACGUCCAUGGGUUGCCUUGUACAACAUGCCGAUAUUGUCCACCGAUGUUGCAGCCACUCGAAAGAUAGCAAGAAUGGUGAGUGCUCGAGGGGGAGGCCUCCCAACAGUGCAAACACUGGGUCUUGUUCAUGGUGAGGACUCCACAGAGAUAGCUUGCAUGCUCUUAGAGCCCAACCAGAUUGGCGCAGACAAAGUCCAGACCCGGGUAGAGAUGCUAGCAGCAGAAGAAGGGUUGUAUGUAGAGAAGGGUUACUUCACUGAUCAUUCACCAGAUAUGGUUAUUGAAACGUAUUUGAAACUAAUAGCUGCAGAUAAAAACUAGACAAAAGGAACUUGCUGCUACAUUGUGGGUCAGGAAAACAAAGAGGUGAAGAAGGAUGUAUGCUGUCAAGUAGAUCUGUGAACUGUUGUGAAGUUGCAUAUUCUGUUGAUAUAUUCGGAAACAAAUUUUGCCAUUUUAAAUCCGCCCUGUGAU